AUGCGGAGCAAGUGGCUCCGUGCGGGGGAUGCGAACUCUAAGUUUUUCCAUUCUAUUAUGUCUUCUCGUCGACGUUUUAACACUAUUUGUUCUGUGUUGGUUGAGGAUGUGCGAAUUGAAGGAGUGGAGCCUUCGCAAAAUGUGGUGCGUCCGAGUGUUUCUAGUCUUCGGUUUCAGAAGCUGUCUGUGUUUGAGGGUGGAGGUUUGGUUAAACCUUUUUCGGUUGAUGAAGUCAAAGAGGCGAUUUGGGACUAUGAUAGCUAUAAAAGUUCGGGUCCUGACGGGCUGGCAAAAGGCAUCAAUACUACUUUUAUUGUUCUUAUCCCAAAAGUGGACAACCCUCAAAGAUUGAAUGAUUUUCGCCUGAUUUCUCUGGUGGGGAGUUUAUACAAAAUCAUUGCGAAAUUAUUAGCUAAUAGAUUUAGAUUAGUUAUUGGCAGUGUUGUGUCUGAUACGCAGUCGGCCUUUGUAAAUAAGCGUCAAAUUCUGGACGGUAUUCUGAUUGCUAAUGAGGUUGUUGAUGAAGCAAGCAAGUUUAAGAAGGAUCUCAUGUUAUUUAAAGUGGAUUUUGAAAAGGGGUACGAUCCGGUCGAUUGGGGUUAUCUUGAUGAGGUUUUGCAGUGCAUGUCUUUUCCGGUGUUGUGGAGGAAAUGA